UGGUGCAGAAUUCGGAGAAAGCUUAUUAAAGAUGGCGGAUCGAGUAAGUCAACUUCAAGAUGCUCUAAACGAAUUGGCCAAUCAUUUCUGUAAUAGUAUUGGAAUUCUACAACAGACAGCUCAACCUAGUCCAUUCCCAGGUUUUGAAAAAGAAGAUACUGACAUGAAGCAAGAUAAAGUAGUAAAUAACCAGGAAGGUCAUGGCAAACUUUUUGCAACACUGAUUGCCCGAACAGCGAAAGACAUUGAUUUUCUUGUUGAUUCCUUACCAAGUGAAGAAUGCUCCACUGAAUUACAGAUUGCUAGUCUCGAUAAACUGCAGCAGGAAAACGAAGAGGCAGCCAAGAAGCUUGAGCAAGCUGUUCAAAAAGGAGAAAAAGUGAUGGAAAUGUUGCAGAAUGCCCUGAGAGUUAUGGCAGAAAAACAGUUGGAUUCUGAAAGAGAAGUUCUUGAGAAAUGAAUCCAUCGUGAAAAAAAUACAAAACCAGGGAGCGAUGCGAUCACACUAAAUGUAGACACCAACACAGAUUACACCACCAGUGCCCAUGUAAUAAAAGCAAUUUGAAUGUAAAGUCGUAGACUUGAGCCGUUUGCGGCUAUACGGUUGUCUAUAUCUCUGCCACUGAGCAACAACGAGUAUUUAUUGACUUAAGCACUCCUUAGUAGAAAACGUUUACAAAAAAACUCGUGUAAAUCUCGAAGUUGGUGCGAUUGAAUUUACAAUUCUCAAGAAGCCCGUUAGGGGGCCGUCUUUGUCAUGUUUUAAAGAGAAAGCCUUAAUAGUCAAACAAUUUUAAUAAAAAAUACACAUCGAAAAACAAUAUCUUUGAACCGU